AUGGUGACACCAGCCAAGAUGCUGCACCACCUCCACGAGCACUUCGGCAUCGCUGGGGAGCACGUCUCAGUUCGUCGGACGAGGCUGGACGACUUCAUCGUUCGCUUCAGUCAUCGGGAGGACCUUGAGCACGUCCUGAGGACCCCGCCGCCGGAGGGGGCGCCGUUCGACCUUAGAUGGCGCUGCUGGAGCCGCCUCAUCAUGGGCUCCACGGGUGCUUUCAGGUUCCGUGUUCUCGUCGGCAUGAAGGGCAUCCCGGCGCAUGCUCGCUCGGCUGAGGUGGCACAGACCAUUCUUGGCUCGUCAGGGGCCAAAGCGGAGAUCACGAACCCGGAUGCCCUUAAUGAUCCGGAUGAUGAGCACGAGCUGUUCGUGGCGGCAUGUUGUGCCCACCCCGAUCUCAUCCCCAACGAGAAGAUAAUGGUGGUGCCGGAGCUGGAGCACGAUGGUGAGCCGCCUCUGUUCCUGAGGCCCCACGAGAUCAUCCAUGAUGACUUGCUGGCGCUGAGCCGUCCUGACGAUGGCCCUCCCGCCCAGUCGUUCGCUGAGCUCAUUCACGAGGUGGACGUAUGCCUCUUCGGCCCAGAUGAAGAGUCGGCCCACAGCACGCCUAGAUCUCCACCGGUAACACUGGGCCAGCCUACGGAUUCUUCGCCCCUGGCCCAGGAGUUCAACGGCGUCGACGACAUUGCCGCCGGUGUUGUGCCACCCGUGACGGCUGAUCCGCCGACAAUCGAAGACUUCAUCACCGCCUUCAAGAAGCCGCUGGCCCAGCCGGUUAUCUUGUCGCCUCCGUGGCCACGGCUCACUCGUGCGGCGAGAUCAAGGGCGCAAGAGCCUGACGUUGAGGAGCUGGCGCGCAAGGUGAUGAUGAAAAGACUUGGGGUCGAGAUCGAGACCCAGCUCCCCGACGAGGCUUCGUUCGAUGAGUUUCAGACGGCCUUCGCCUCUCCGCUCUCGUCAUCUACACGAGAGGCCAUGCAGGUCCUCUUCCCCGGGCAGGAAGCAGCGUGCCUUUAG